UUAAAUAUUAUAAUAAUGGGCUCUAAACCAACAGUUCCUGAAUCUGUUAAAUCAAUGAGUACAAAGAAAGAUGCUGAGUUUUCUGUUCACAUAGUCUAUUGCAGUGGAUGAGGAUAUGGUUAAUUUUACAAUUUCUUUAUUGAAUGUUUAUAAAUAAUCUAUCCUAAUGCUAAGGUUACAGGGGAAUAGACACCAAAUGUAAUAUAAAUAUAAUAAAUUAGGUUUCUGGAUAUUUUGAAAUAGAAGUGAAUAAGGAUGGCAAAAAACAAGUUGUUCAUUCCAAAAAGAAUGGUGAUGGCAUUUUUAAUGAAAAAUCAUGUUAACCAAUUUUAGAUAAAUUAAAGAAUUACAUUGAGGCUUGAGAAACUCAAUAAAAUUAGAUAAUAUAUAAAAUUAGUACAUUAACAAUAAAUGAAGAAACUAAGUUUAAAUUAAAAAAUUUACUUUCUGAAAAACCA